GCGACGCGGAACGCAAUGACGAGGGCGCGCGGGCGGCCUCCGUGCUUCGUGACGAGCGGCGGCGCGGCCUCUUGCACGAUCCCCCAAAACGGAUAUGCGUCCGCCGACACAGUUCGCAGUUGCACGCUCAGGGUCGACGGGCGCCAUCACUUGAAGGUUGAAAGCACGACACAUUCGAGGCGAGGAAGAACAGCGUCCGCACCGACAUCCGGCACUGCCUACGGGGCACUUGCAAUUGUUUCUGAUGCGCUCUUGUCGUCCAUCCAGGGAUGGCGGGAGCGGUAGUCUCCAGAAACGACGUACAAUUGUGCAGUGUCCGAGACAGAAUAUCUGCUACUUUGUUUGAAACAGGCUUCGCAACCUGGUCUUCGUGAUACGGGGAUCAAAUCUU